AUGCCCAGGGCAGCAGUAUUGAGUGCGGAGGACGGGGUCGAGAGGGGGUUGGAGGGGAUUAUGCGAGCAUCAGGGGAGAGGAGAGACGAAGGAGAGGAGUAUGUGGGGAAGGGUACAGAUGCAGGAGCAUUUGGGGAAGAUUUUUCCAGAACAGAGGUAGAUGUGGGGAAGGGAUUGACUUUGGGCGAGGGUGCUGGUUUUGAGGAAAAGGUGGAGGGAAGUGUUGUGAGGAGUGAGGAGGAUUCUAGAGCAAGUCAUACACGUUUGGAAGGAGGCGGUUUGGAAGGAGGCGGUUCGGAAGGAGGCGGUUCGGGAGGAUCAGGUUUGGAAGCAGCUGGUUUGGAAGGAGGGGAAGCGAAUGGAGGCGAUUUGAAUGGUGAUGGUGUGGGAAGAGACGAGGGGAGCAGUUGGGGUGUUGUGCAAGUGGGCGAACUGGUGGAUGAGGCAGUGCAAGGGGGGGAAGAGGAGGAUAAAGAGAAGGAAAAAAAGAAAGAAAAUUUGAAACAAAAGGAGGAGGACGAAGCAAAGGAGGAAGAGAAGGAAGGGAAGGAAGAGGAGGAAAGGGAGGAGGAAAAAGAGGUGGGGGAAGUAGAGAGGAAGGAGAAAGAGAAGAAGGAAGAGGAGAUAGGGAUGGAAGUGAAAGAGGAGGAAGAGGGCGAGGACGAGGAGGAGAACGAGGAAGAGGAAGAGGAGGGUGAGGAGGGAGAGGAGGUGAUGGUGGAAGUGAAAGGGAGAGAGCAAGGAAGUGAGGAUGGAAGUGAUGACGAAAGUGAGGAGGAGAUUGAAACAGAGAGUGAGGGAGAGAAGGAGGAGGGAAGAGAGGCAGAUGGAGAGACAGUAGGAGACGUGGGAGAAGAGGAGGGGCGGCAGGGGGGAACUAAGGAGAUGGAGAAGGAGGGGGGGAGAUCUAGAGGAAUGGCGAGUGGGGGAGGAGGAGGAGGUGGAGGAGGAGUAUCAGGAAGAGGGUGUGAGGGGGAGGAAGAGGCCUUAUCGCAGCCAGAGCAGGAGAAACAGAUGCGAGAGGAGGGGAGGAAGAGUAGGAGGAAGAGCAGGCAUGAUAAGCAUAGAGGCAACAGUAGGGCUGAAUCUGAGGAUGAGGAGGGAGUUGAAAGGGGGGCUGCGGGAGUAGUGGAGGGGGAGCGGAAAGGGGAUGGGGAAGGGAGAAAGGGGAAGGAGGGGGUGCUUGAAGGAGGGAUGGGAGAAGGAGAAGAGAAGCGGAGGAAGAAGAAGGUAGGGGAGAGACAGGCGUGGCACCGGAAGGGAGAAGCAGGGGAGGAAGGGGAAGGGAAUGCGGGAGAGAGGAAGCAGGGGCGGGAGGCAGCACAAGGGAGCAACCGCAACAACAGCAGCAGCAGCAGAAGCAGCACAAAGAAGGUACCCAAGGUGGAGCGAGCUGUAUCCAGUGACAGAAAAACCACAGGAGUUCGAUCUCGCAAGCCCAGCACCGAGAGUGAGAAGGCUAGGAGUGCGUCACUGGCAGCAGGAGAAGCAGCGCCAUUAACACCAGGAGACAAGCCCUCCCUUGCCACGCUGCUUGCCGCCUGCCGCUCCUCCUCCCGCCCCCCCUCCCGCCCUGCCUCUCGGCCUUCCUCCCGCCCAUGCUCCCCUCCCAGAGCAGCAGCAGCAGCGGCACAUGCGAGUGACGCUGCUGCCCCUGCUGCUUCUGCUGCUACCACCGGUUCCCAUCCCCACAGCAUCACCACCAGCAGCGGCGGCGGCGGCGGCGGCGGCGGCGGUGGUGGUGGUGGCGGCAGUGGUUCAUCGAAUGCGUUUUCCUUGGGCAGGCGUCUAUCUUCAGACACUGCUUUCUCGGAGCAGCUGCUGCGCGCCAUGCAGCAGGCCGAUCCCCUCUUAGCGGCCGCCCAGGGCAAAGCAGAUCGCCGUGUGAGGGAGGGAAAAGGGGGGGCACGUGGGCGGGAAGAGGAGGGCGGGGAGGGACGGGAAAGGCGGAAGAGUGGGGGGCGAGGGAGGGGGCCGGGGAGAGGGAGAGGGGGAGAAGAGGAGGAGGAGGAGGAGGAGGAGGGCGAGGAGGGGGAGGAGGAGGGAGAUGAGGGUGGUUUGGGAGGGAGUAGAGAGCACGGGUAUGUGUCUUGUGAUGGGAACGUGCGAGGGGAGAGGCAGAAGGAGAAGCAGGGGAACGCCGCAGAACAGGGUGGGGGCAACAGUGGUGGGAAACGGGGGGAGCAGGGGCAGCAAGGGCAGCAGGGGCAGCAGGGGCAGCAGGGGCAGCAGGGGCAGCAGGGGGAGGAGGAGGUGUGGGCUGCACCGACCUCCUCUGCGAUGUUUGUGAAGGUGAUGAGCCUGGAGAGGCGACUGGCCCUCAAAGGCACCAUCACCACCACCACCACUGCUGCUGCUGCUGCUGCUGCUGCUGCUGCUGCUCCUGGAAGCUACCAGCAGCACUGGCACGGGCAGCAGGGAUUCCAGGGGCAGCAGGGACAGCAGGGGCAGCAGCAAAGGGAGAAGAGUCAGGAGGCGUGGGCAGAUGCACCAUCUUCGGCCAUGUUUGGUAAAGUGCUCAGCCUGGACCGACGCACCAUCAUGGCUGGUCGAACUGGUGCUGCUGCUUAUGCUGCUGCUGCUGGUGCCGGUGCCGGUGUUUCUCCAGCCCCUAACCUGCCCACUCCAUUACACCCACCUGCUCACCCUGCCUCUGCCUCCUCCGCCGGUGCUGUUCGUUCGGCCCCAAACCCUGUUCCACGCAUCAGCUCUUGCCCCACUACAAGCAGGAACGACUCAACUGCAGUUUUCUCCUCAACCAACGCACCAACCACCCCUCCCUGCGAAUCAGCACGCAUGGCCCUCUCUACUCUCCCUUUCGCCGCUGCCGUCUCUGCCGUCUCUGCCGCCUCUCCCUCUUCCCCCUCGCCUGCUCUUGACCCUGGCGCUGCUCGGCGAUUGCUUGGUUCCCGUGUGGCUGCACAGACUCUUUCCUAUUCUGCUGCUGCUUGCACCACCCCUCCUUCCUUGUCCCCUCCCGCUGCCGCCGCCGCCACCGCUGCUGCUGCUGCUGGUUCUGUUAUUUCUUCUGCUGCUGUUUCAUCUGCCCGCCCGCCGAUCGCCUCGUUCCCUUCCUCUCGCUCUGUGUCUGGGGCGUUUGCCUCCUCCUCCUCCCGCCGCCGCCCGUCCACUGCGAAUCAUCCUGGGAGCAGGGGAGAUAGGAGCACCUGGAGGAACAGUGGAGUGAGAGGAGGAGGCGGAGGAGGAGGAGAAGGUAGUGGUGGUGGUGGUGGUGGCAGCAGGGGUAGGGACCUGCGAAGAGUGAGUGAGGGGAGGGUGGACAGUGACAGCGACAGUGGGAGUGACAAUGGCGCGGGUGCUUACGCAAGAGACGAUGACAGUAGUGACGGGUUUUCUUCUGAUGGUUUCGACUCCCCUUCUUUCUCUCAACGCUCUGGUGCUCCCACUGCCGCUGCUGCUGCGGCGGCGGCAUCCUCUCUUACCCCUCCGCCUGGUCCCAGUGCGGGGCAUGGGAGAAGAAGAGGAGCGGGCGUGGAUUCACGAGGGAGCCCUGCGAGGAGACAGAGAGAGGUGGUUGCUGCCCGCGUGGCUGUGGGGGUUCAGCAGAGGAGGGGACUAGUGCAGCAGAUGGGGUGUGAGGGAGAGGAAGAGGGAGGCGAGAAGCACGAGGGGGAGGACAAGGGAGAGGGGGAGGAGGGGGGAGGGAAAGAGGUGGAGGGAAUGAGGAAGGGAGGCGGGCAGGAGGAUGAUGUGCGAGAGGGGAGAAGAAAAUGGCGUGGGAUUCAGGUGCAGAGGGAUCAAGAGACAGAGGAGGGAGAGAAGGACGAGAAGCAGGAGCAGCAGAUGGGGCAGGACGUGCAGGGGGGGCAGGGGGAGCAGGGGGGCCAAGGGCAACAGGGGGGGCAGGAAGUGCAGGGGCAGGGAGGGGUAUAUCUUCAGGGGGAGGAGCAGGAGGGGCAGAGGUGGGAGCAGUAG